GGCCGCGUGACGGGGAGCCGGGUCGGGCCGGGCCGGGCGGAGGGAGCGAGCGAGCGAGCGAGCGCCUGGCUGGAGAGAGCGAAGAGCGAACCCGGGCCCGGGACACCGGCGCAGCGUUCAGCACAGGAUCGACUUGCCCUUUUUUGUGGUUUCCGAAGGGUGGCCGGUGUUUUACUACCAGGCCUGACCUGCCAAGUACCAUCUGCAAAUUUGGAGAGGGAAUCGACAUUAAUCUUUGGUGUUCUGUCCAGCAGAGCCUGAUUAGAUCUGGUGAAAAGAUCAUUGAAUUGCAACGGUGUUACUGUAAGAUGAAUGCCUAAAAACCUCAGCUCCCUCUUUGUUCCCCCCCCCCUUCUGCCCACCUCCCACAAAGUGAGCAGAGCCAGCAACAGCAGUCAUGCUUUCAGCCCUUGUAGGCGGAGGGGUGAGCAGAGGCCAGCAGUUGCAAACGUCUGAAGCUGCCUCCUUCCUCCUGGCUCAGGAGCUCUGCAUCAGACUUCGGAACAGGCGAGUGACCAGAGUACCCGUCCCUAACCGGCCGUCGCAGCCACAAGCCGUCCUGCAUGGAGAGCGCGAUCGCCAGGUGUCCAUGUCAGAGGCUGCUUCCCAUCUCCUGACGCAGGAGCUUCAAGUUAAGAGAGUGACCAGGACAUCCACCCAAAACAAACCUCCUGACCCAUCGUCCAACACCCACAAUCUGAAAUCCAGUGGCCGGGCGGUGAGGAAGCUGAAUUAUCGGCGGGUAGCCAACCUCGGGCUGGUCAGUUCACCCGAUGCUGGGAACAGGAGACGUAGCACCAAGCCCAGGAAAAGCGAGCUACCAGCCACCGGCGAGGGAAGGACAGAGUAUCGAUUUAAUCAGAAGAAGCAGGCGAGUGCAAGGUGGUCUCGGGAAGUUGGAGCGGAGCAGAGGAGGCGAGCGGGGGCUGUGGGCAAGAGCGACGCUGUAGGUCGGCAGAGUAAGCCGCAGUCGGUUGUGUAUCCAGGCAGUAACCAGGCUGAUGCUGAAGUGGCACCUGAGACCUGGUCGUCAACAGUCACUGAGGUCCCACUGAAGGCUGAGAUUCCUCAGGUCCACGUCCAGCCCUGUGUACACCCAGGUGGCUUGAGUGGUGAAGAUGACUCGAAUCGUAGAACAGCCCCAGCCAUUGAUGAGAGCCGGCGAGGUGUGAUGGACUCCUACGAGGGAAGAGGCCCAACCGCUGAUGUUCACUGUGAAACACCAUGCAGCUCCCCACCGGGCAGUGCUGAGCGCUUGUUCACACCGUUGGUGAAGGAAAUGUGUACAGAAAAUGGGCCAAGCAGUGAUACAUCAGAAAGAAAUAUCUGUCCCAAGAUCCCACAAUGUGAAGCUCAAGCAAUGCAUGUUGGGGUAGAGAAGGCCAGGGGGGUAGUUGGAAAAGGCAACAGUGGAGGGGAGAAUCUUAAAAAAGUAGUCAUACCAUUUCCUUCAGUUGCAGCCUCUGAGAAAUGUCUAGGAAUUGGUUCAGUUCACAAAGUGCCUUUAAGGGGUAUAGCAACCAGUGAUGUGCCUGACUGGGUGCCUUCGGAUCCCAUAGCAACCAAUGACUUGCCCAGAGGGAAUGAUGGAACUGGAGUGCUGGCAUGUCGUGGAACUCUGACACAGAAUGGGCUGCCUUCCAGUAAAGCCCCUGUGGAGGGUGAGGCGAUCAGUGACACUCUUGCACAGCGGAGGUUGCCCAGCAAGGUGUUGGAAGGUGAGAUGGCUCGCCAGCAUGUGGGAAAGGAUCAGCCAGCUGAGCAAUCAGUAGAUACUGCAGGGGACGAGGCCACAGCUGCACCAUCAGGAGUUACAGCGACCACUGGUGCAACUAAGAAUGCAUUGAUUAAGACGCCUUCAGAAAUUAAAGGGGGUAAAGUAACCUUGGCCAUGACUAAUGAAGAUGUGAGUGCCAGUGAGAUAUCAGCUGGAAAUCAGCGAGUUCCUGACAUGCUUGCGGGAAAAAAGACUUUUACAGAAUGGACAACCUUUGGACUUUCAACACAAGAUGAGCUGGCUGUACCCACAAUCACAAUGCCCACUCACUUCACUUCAGAAAAUACUAUCAAACCGGUAUCCUCUGGAGUUGUAGCAGCUGGAUUUCUCUUUCCCAAGAGUACCAUGGCAAAGGUCUCUCCAGAGGUAUCUGAGGAUGUGAUUGUAGAGAGUGAAAGUCCAGUGACCAAUGUCCUAUUUGGGAAAAGUCAGCUGACUGAUGUGUCUCCCUCUCCCACUCCCACAGCCAUAAUGGAGGCUUCUACACCAGUUGAGCUGACUGCAGGAGUGUUUUAUGGUCUGGCGGCUGACGGGGAGCACGAGUUGGCUGACAUACCCACAGAUGUCACUGGCUUUGCCACUGAGAUUUAUACUGAAAGCGAUCAAGCUGUGGAAGAAAGUGUGUUGGCCGACAAAGCACUUGGACAUGGCCUGCAACCUGGGGGUGUGCACGAAGCAGCUGAAGCCACGUUUAGAUUUGAAGGUGUCGAGUAUGAGGCAUUUGCAGACGACGAGUUAGUAGACAUACCUACAGAUGUAAUCAGUGAUGUGACAGAAAAAGAAGCAGAAUACAAGGUUCAGCCCCUAGGUAUGACAACAGCCAGCAACGAGAUGCUGGGGAACAGAUAUUUUCCACAAAUCCCAGAUUCAAUAGCCAACAACAUCUUGGGAUCAGCUAAAGCAACAAGCUCCAGGGAUGUGUUUUCGGUGAGUGAAUUCUGUAAUCUUUCACUGGAGUCUUCAGCACAUCAAGAGGAUGAAAAUGCCUAUGCAGAGGGUGUGGUAAGUUGCAGCCUCACUGAAGAGAAGCUACUGUACAAUAUGGUCGACGUGGAAAGUGAGCGUAUGGCAACAGAAGAACAAUUCAGAAAGGGGUUUAAGGGUAGAGUGGAGACCCAGAUGUCGGGGGAAGUCUGCAGUGUUCCAGCCUCCCAAAGCAAGGAGUGUAAAAUGUCAGCCUCGAAAGAACGAGAUGUCUCUGCCCACAGUGGCCAUGAUGCAGUGUGCUGUGAAGCUAACGACCAGCGAGCUGCUGAGCUGGAGUGCGUUCCACGGCCCGUUUCAAGCACAGCGCAGACACUGUGGUUUGAACUGGAGACGGCCAGUAUACCCAACAGGUGUGAUCAGCAGUCCAUAGAAGGGAAGUGUGAGCUCGAUGAAUGCAGUGCAGUACUGGUGAACAACGCUGCAGCUCUCCCCUCUGUAUUCAGGUGUAGAAACAAGAGGAGAGGAUUUACCAGGCUAAAGCGGAGGAAGUUAAACAGCCCAGUGCUUUUCUCAAAUUGUGUCCCCAGUGUGUCCACUUUGGGGAAGUUCUGUCUGAGCAGGGCUCCAGCAGUUGUGCAGAUUUGCAGGGGAGUGGCUAACUGCAUCAAUGCUGAUUUGUACCACAGCGUCCGACACGUGGAAGAAAUAAAACCAAAGAAUCUGUCUCUUCUACCACUUAAUGAUCUAGCACCUCAUAAGCUCAGCAAAAAACCCCUGCUGGUGGAACACUUGGAGGCAAUUGCCAGUGGCUUGGGUGUGUUCCCCAGCUGUUCAGAAAUACAGCAGGAGUUCACUGCUUUAUCCAGGCUCAAGUCAGUGGGUGUAAAUGGAAGACUUCAAACAAAAAGAAUUAAGGAAUUACAGUUUGAUUUUGGUCAACAGGCAAACUUCUGGGGUGUUCUUUGUCACCUGACCCCGAGGAAAGAUCAGUCCCUCCAUGCUGGUGCUUGUAGGAGAGCUCAGUCCUGGCUUUCCUCCAGACACUGCAAGCAGUCGCUGCACUUCAGCUGUCCUGUUCUGUCUAAUCUCGACCUCUUUUUGCUGCUUUCUUUCAUCAGUGACGGAGCAAGAGUUGAUUGGCACUGUGUGUCUGAAAGGACAGAUUUAUCAAUUAUUUCUCAGUACUGGAGCCAGGACUGGCAGACACUUCCCCAGUGCCCACCCGAUUGUGGCCAGGGCUUCUGGCCGCCUCCUUCGCUGGUCAGGGCGGGGAGGUGCUGCUGUGCACGUUCCCGAUUUGGCCUGCACACCGUUCUAGCACUUUUGUCUCCAGCUUGCUACAGGUUAUGGACAAGGCAGCGCCAUUUUGGAAGACUGUCAAGUGCCCACCGACCACUUUUGACUUUGUUUGAAGAGGGUGUAAAGAGACUCAUUCCCCUGAUUCCUUUGAACAAACCAUCUUGGCCACCGUCCUGUAAUGUGGCUGGAUUGGUGUCAUGUAGUCAGCACAUUCCAUCUACCUGCACAUCAACGUCCAACGCCAGUCCUUCAGACAGCUGGAGGCAUGGUCGCCUGGCAAAUCGCCCCAGUUCCCUCCCGCCCUGUUUGCGUACUGGGAACACAGCCAGUUUGACUGAAGCAAAGUCACUGCGACUUCAGCUGGCCAAUAAGAGAAGUCUUCUACAGCACCUGAGCUUAUCCUGCAUCCUUGAGCCCGUGUUUGCUUUGCCAGAUGCACCUACCUCAUCUGCAGCAUGCACUGUUGCCGAAAGCACCUUCCCCUCCGCCUCCUCCCCCAUUCCCAGCAUCACCUACAUGGAAACUCAACAGCACACAGAGCAAAAAGAGCAUCCUGCAUCCACGAUCAAAGCUGUCAGCAAGUCGAAGGAAUCUCUGAGGAAGGUCUCUCAAAUUCGAAUUCGGAAAACCAUUCCAAAGCAGGACACCAACCUGACACCCAUGGGGUUGCCCAAACCCAAGAGAUUAAAGAAAAAAGAAUUUAGUUUGGAGGAGAUAUACACUAACCAGAAUUACAAGUCGCCAUCUGCACACAGCAAGUACCUGGAGACCAUCUAUGAAGAACCCGUUCUGAAGAAGGGCUCCUUCGUCUGCACCAGCCUCCAGAAACGCAAGCGCCUGUUGGAGUUCCAAGACUACACGCUUCCUCGGAAGCGGCGUGCUCAUGCUGGAGUGAAGGUUGCAAGCCGUACCCGGGGCAGGAAGGCCAGCACUCGGGAAGAGGAGAUAGACUCGCUGCUCGUUCAAAAACUGACUGAACUGGAAGCCGACCUGGCUGGAGAGGAUGAAGGUCACUGAUGGGUGUGACCUGUUGUUUGUGGCACUGCAGUGCCAAGGUCUGUUUUCACUACAUUGGGAUGUUGCACUGUGUCAGCUACCUGAUUUUCUGACUGGGGAAAGAACUGUGUGGAGUUUGUAGGCUGCUGCAUGCUUUCCUUUCAAAGAGACAUCAAGUCCCAAACAGCCCCCUGUGCAAAUAGCACUGCCCCACUCUUGCUGGGAGUGAGUGGAGGAAAGAGAUUAUCUUUAUUCAGAAGGCAUCUCUGGAGAAUUACUCAGAAGUAAAUGGACACGGUGAGGUGAAAUUCACCCUAUGCUUGCAAUCAAAUGAAGCUGCUUCACCUUUCUACGAACAUUUGAUUUGCUGCAAACCAGUUUCUUAUCACUUGUAAGAGAAUCGCUUAAGCAUAAAGCAGAGAGCAUCUUUUAAUGUUUACAGGAUAGUAGAUCGAAAUAUCACUGGUUUCAGCCAAGCUCUGUCGGAGACCUUCUCCUAAGUGGUUUCUAGUUGAGUGUAGCUUGGUAUAGGAUGGAUGCUGAUAUUUUUAUACCUGAAUAUCUAAACUACUUGAGCCUGAAGUGCUGAAAGUAAAGAUUCCAAAGUAAAUAAUGACUCUGUGCGUGCGUGCAAGUGUGUGUGCGUGCGUGUGUGUGUAUGUGAGUGUGUGCGUGUGUGUAUGUCCUCCAGAAGUGCAAGUGUAGAUGCCAAUGACAGAUGAAAUGUGGAGCAGCAGACGGAGCUGACAAUCUGCAGGCUUUCACAAUGAAACUGUCUGUUAGGUACAGUGUCAGUCUUUGCAGAACGUGUGCAUUACCAGAAGAGCGAUGGCUGUACCACUGUGUAGGUUGUGUGUGCAUUUCCUUAUUUUUUACAUAGGCACCAUGCAUAAUUUAAAAUUACUAAAGAUUUAACUAACCCAGUGCUGUAUUUUGGUAAUGUUUAUUAAUAUUCAGGCCUCCAGUCAUACUGGCAGUGACUAGCCUAACCAGAGUCGGUGGAUGUAUUGUAGAUCUGAGUUGUACAAAUGAGGGUUUGUACUCCAGCCUAUGCAGAACAGGGUAUCAAUACCACACCUUAACUCCCCGUAGAGACCUGCGUGGUCACUAAGAUUUAUCAUAAAAUCACUGCAUUCUGAACUGUGCCACAUUCUCUUUGUGCUUUAGGGGUAGUGGAUUGAAAAUUUAAUCCACAUUUGGUCUUCCAACACUCUGAGCUUAUCCAGUUGGAGAUGCUAUCAUAUGAACAGUGGCCAUGGAGAGAGUGCUUUCACAGCUGCAGGGAGCUUGCACCCAGGCUGGUGUUAACACUCCAGCCAACAGUGACGUAGCUGCUAAACUUCCCCCGUUGGAAUGGGCUGAGACUGCCCUGGCAUUCCAUCAGAAGGAUCGAGCAUUAACAGAAAAGACGUGGAUUAAGUGUGGAAAGUACCACUUAGUCCAAGCCUUUUCUGUGACUGCACCUGCUCUCUCCCACAUCAAACUUCAGUAUUCAGUGUACGAUGAGCCCCACUGUGAAUGGGAACUGGGCAUAGCCGAUGCUUGAAUUAUCCCAGGGAGUUCACACAAGAAUUAAUGUGCUUCAUUCGAAUGGCCUUCUAGUUAGUGCAGUCCUGGUUCAAGAACUGAGACUGUGGGCUGCUGAAUGAAUGAGCUAGAACAGAUCAAGUUUCCUGUCUUGCCCCCAUCCUUCCAUUUGGGGUGGGGGGGGGGAGUGGUUUAGGUGCACAAGACCUAAUUUCCUUUUGGAAUGAUUUUAGUGGAAUUCUCAGCUCUGGGAUUGCUUCAGCUUAAAGAACUCACAUUUAUCGUCAACUUUUGUACCCUGGGAGCUUCCUGUGUCUUUAUGGUCAGUUGAUGAGUUCACUGAUGUAGUGUACACAGCAGGGCUCCACAAGUUGUAAGAGUCAUCUGAUCCAGUGACAUUGGUGCAGUUAGCCAAUGUGACAUACGCAGUGGGUUGGAACCAUGUGUGGCUCCAGUCGGUGCAUGGUGGUCGAGUGAUAAGGGAUGGUCAUGAUAAUCUUAACAAUCCCUUCACCCCCUACACUGACUUCUCAAUAUGCAUCCUUCAAAGGCAGGUUAUCAGAGAGUGCAUCACCCUCUUCAGUACAGCUCAGAACGCCAGCACGGCAAUGUUCCAGCCUCUGCUGCAUUUCAUGCUAACAGUGCCCUUUUAGUUGUAGACACCUGCUUCCUUGUGCUGGGAGGUUCUCUUCCCCCACACCCCACCCUCAUUCCCAUUUUCCACUUUAACAAGGUGGAGUCCAAUUCACAAGUCAGGAAGAAUCUCCUCCCUACUUCUGGUUUCAGAUCUGGUGCAAUGUUUCAUUUGGGGUCAGCUCACCUGGAUUUCUGGAAGCCUGACAUCAUGGUUGAUCUUGCCAUCUGAAGACCUUCCUACUGUCUUGUUCAUAGCAGCCGAGUCUCCGCUGGCCUUUUGGGCAGGGAACUGCUGAAGGUUUGCUGUCUGGCUGAAGAGAUUUCGUCCAGUGUUGAAUGUUCAGCCUCUUACUGUGACCCGUCUCUACACUCCAGCCAGGGAAUACUUCUGCCAAUCCUCAUCCAUUCCUAUGGCUUUGUAGAUGUGAAAUCACUUGUGGAAUAAGAGGAAACCUUUAACAUAAGCCGGCAGGUAGCCACCUGGAAUCAUUUAGUUUAACUUUCCUGUUAAUUCUCUCCAUUGACUUCCAUCUGUUACCAAGUAUCUCUGGUGAUGCAAGUUUUGAGGUUGUCAGUAUUUCCCUAUUUACUGGUGGUUUGUUCAGAGUGUCAAACUUGUACUGUGGUGGGAGCAGCCAGGCCUCUCACACAGCUGUCCUGCUUAAACCAGAAGUCAAUUUCACCAACCAGUGUUCCCAAACUGUCUAAUGAUGCAUCUACAGCACACAACACUAACCUUUUAUCUUCGUGUGUGUGUGUGGUCUUUUAAAAUUACACUGUGAAUCUGUUAAUUUUUAUUUGAAUUACUAACGUUCCUUAUUUAAUGUGCGUGAAAUGAAGGUAAGGGCGGCAAAAGAGUUUAGCCAUCUAUAAAGUAUGUCUGCUUGAUGUUUUUCUGCCCUUUAAUAUGCCCCACAUACCCCUGGAGGGAGUCAGGUGUAAUCUCCACAGUGGGCAACAACUUUUGAACUAACUCUCCACCUGGUCCCCAGACCCGUGAUCUCUCUGUAACUUGCACCUUGCUGUGUUGUGGCCUUGAGUGCCCUCCACAGCUCUGGGACACACCAACGCUCAGGCAUGUGAGGAAUUGUGGACUGUUCUGCCUGUAGGGAUCUGAGCUGGCUCACCUGCUCUGUUUGUCCACCUGGAGAUGUAGAGCAGGUGAUUGUGCAGUACCGACCUUGGGGCAAAUAUGAAAUCUCCAGUGCAGCCUUGGUGAGGACCAGUUAGCAAAGCAGAGCCUGGGAAAAAGUCCCUGGUGCUCCAGCCAAUGCAGAGACUCACGGGAGUCGUUGGGAAUUGCCCACUUUUAUGCAUGUGCUCAUGGAGAGAUUAGGUAUUAUACUCCAUUUCUUUGUUGCCUUUUAAUGUUGUUUUGGAGGUUCCAACCAUUGGUUUGACACCAAGGAUACUAUACCUCAUGGAUAGUGCUGGUUACUAAGUUGGAUUGGUUUUGUUGAUCAGAACGUUGUGCAUUUGAUCAGCUUCUAAUCCAUUAUAGUGCUUUUAUUGUAAUUAACUGGUACCUUUUGUGUACCUGAGUCGUUUGUGUGCCCUCUCUGUAGAUCUUCUAUUAUGUUCCGUUCAAGAGUUGUCCUGUAUAUUUUCGAUGACACUAAUAAAAAUGUUUUUAAAAUUGU